AUGGAACGGAAAAUAAGCUCGACCUUUUUCUUCACAUUUACUUUUUUUCUUCUCACACUUUUAACACUAACAUCGAGUCAAUCCCCUGGUCCAAGAUAUUCACACUGUCUCGCCACAUACAAAAAUACACUUUAUCUAUUUGGCGGAGCAACAACAGCGACCACCAAGGACUUCUUUUUCUCCGCCGAUUUACCAUUUGAAAACACAAAUUCAAUGCCCUGGCGAAAAGAAACUACCAUCAACGCUAAAAAUGUAAAUGACACAGCGUGUAUAGUUGAGCCAACAUUAGGCUUACUAUUAAUAAUUGGAGGUGGAAAUUUUGCUAAUAAUGUAAAUGAUGGAAACCCAGGAUUACAAGUAUACGAUUUCAACAAAAAUACGUGGAAUGACCCGAAAUAUUUACAAAAUAUUCCUUCAGAGUUCUCAUAUUAUCUUUAUCGUCCGCGAGCUGCAUUAAUUGCUCCAAAAACUGUGUUUAUUUGGGCUGGAACAUUUAAUCACGAUCAGAAUUCUUCUACGGGGAUUUAUCAGAUUGAUUUAUCGAAAGCUUUAUGGAACUGGACCACCAUUUCUCAUGAUACUAAAAUGAAACCAACCAAUGGUGCCGGGAUCGCCAUUUCGAAAGGAAAUGCAUUUAUAUUUGGCGGGAUAAAUAAAGUCUCUAAAGAAAAUUGGCCACCCACUGGUUACACAUACAUUUUUAGUCUUAACUAUGGACUUUUGACAGCACCUUAUCAAUUUACCUUGAAUAUUUCGGAUGGUGUAGUUGGUAUCUUAAAUAGUAAAUUGAAGGUUCUCGUAAUGAAUGAUGGCCGACAACUAGCAAAUCAAUCAAUGAUUAUGGUGCCAGUCGAUUUGGAAACUAUGAAAAGUGGAGACUAUGUGUCGUCGGGUCAGCCGUAUAUGAGAGAUCGUGCUGCUGCUGUUCAGUUUCCUGGAUCGGACACAAUUUUGAUAUAUGGAGGAAUUCCGGCCUGGCCAAAUACACAACCGCUCGAUUCAAUGCUAGCUUAUAACAUGACAAAUGGUGCCUGGACAAACAAAGUAAACGUCGUGACUAACAUUGCCAUUAAUCAAUACAAAAUGCCAACAGUAAAUGGGUAUGAUCUUAAUUUGCCGAUUAGCAAUAACAAUAACAAUAGCGCAAGCGUAAGUUCAAGUACAAAUAAUGUAUCAUCACCGCUUUCCUCUGGUGCGUUAAUUGGAAUUGUGAGUGCAUCAAUUGCUAUUGGAUGUACAUGCAUAGGAUUUAUAAUUGUGGGAGUUUGGCAGAUAAACAGAUGGAAAAAACAACAUGCUAUCCAAUUGGAAGCUACUAUUGCAUCGUUGUAUCCGCAAGGUUCUUCAUUAUCGUCAUCAUCGGCCUCAUUGUCGUCAAUAAAAGUAAUACCGGUACAUGUAGAUAACCAGGUUAGAAAGCAGCCUAAAAAUUACCGGGAGAAAAUAAAAAAUGUGCACGUUGAUCGAGUAGAUAAUGAGGUUGUUGAUUUGUAUUAUAACGAUAAAUUUAAAAAUUUUUCACUGAUAUUAUAUCUUUGGUUCUUUUUCUUAACAAACGGAUGCCGCCCAGUAGAAUCAAUUUCACCAGGGCAAAGACGCUCACACUGUCUUGCAACAUAUAAUACCACACUUUACCUUUUUGGCGGCACAGAGAUUGAUGAAAACAAUGAACCAAUAGCCACAAAUUCUAUUUUCUAUUCAGCCUCAGUGCCAUUUGAUACUUCAAAUGUGCCCUGGCAAAUUGUUGAUUCUACGAAUGCUAUCAAUGUAUAUGACGCCGCUUGUCUUUCAGUUCCGUCUCUUGGAUAUUUGUUGGUGAUUGGUGGAAUGAAUAAAGCAGAAUCAAACACAAAUCAUUCCGGAUUUCAGACAUAUAAUAUUCAGAAAGGAGUUUGGAACGAGCAAGUGACAACUAUGAAUUUUCCAGUGGAGUUACGUCAAUCAUUAUAUCGUCCACGAGCCACACUUAUUUCACCAAAAGUAGUAUUGAUUUAUGGCGGAGCAUUUAAGGAUGUUGUAGAAUCUACACUUCUUUGGACACUUAAUAUGACUACAACGCCAUGGGUUUGGAGUGCAAUUGGGUAUAAUAGUACAUUCUCACUCACAAAUAGUGCAGGAAUAGCCAGUUCAAAAGGUAACGCAUGGAUGUUUGGCGGCUCAUUAGACUUUGAAAAGACGAAUAAUCUACCAACAGACGAUAUUUCAGUAUACAAUGAAAAACACGGAUUACUUAAAUUUUCAAAGAAAUUGCCUACAAAAAUUGUCGAUGCAGCAGUGGGCGUAUUAAAUCAUCUAUUAUAUAUAGUCGGAUUGGAUCUUCGCGACGAUGAUCAGAUCUCGAUAUCUUCGUUGGAUUUAAGUAAUAAUAAUCAGGUGCCAAUUAAAAUUUCUCCAUUGUAUAAAAGACAGGGAGCUGCAUAUACUCAAUUUUCUCGUUCAGAUGCAUUAAUAAUUUACGGCGGAAUCACAUCUUCAAACGAUGCUCCAUUCCUAAUAUUCAAUAUGACAACCAUCCAAUGGAGCACCCAACUGAACAUUGUACAAAAUAUUAUGGAUGGCGAUUAUAAUCUCCCACUGCUAGAUGGAUAUGAUAUUAAUAAUGGCGAUGCAACCGGGACAGAUGAAUCGUCAUUGCCUGUAGUUAGUACUGGUAAAGCUGUGAUUAUUGGUGUUUUUGCGUUUCUUUUCAUUAUACUUUUGCUUGUCGGGCUUUGGUAUAAGCUAAAGAAACGUGCUUAG